AUGGCCGCCGUCGCAUUCCAACAGCAACAGACGCAGACUCCCGAGGAGCCCGGUGGGAGGGUGGGGGGCAGGUGGCAGGGAGCCCCGGUCCGAGCCUCAGACUUCCAGAGCCCUCAACCCCCCCCCCACAACACUACCAACACCCCAAACCCCCAGCCCUCAAACCCCCCAACACCCCAAACCCCCUGUCCUCAAAUCCCCCAACACUACCAACACACCAAACCCCCAGGCCUCAAACCCCCCCAACAACCCAACACUACCCAAACCCCCAGCCCUCAAACCCCCCAACACCCCAAACCCCCAGCCCCCAACACCCCCAACACUACCAACACCCCCAAACCCCCAGCCCUCAAACCCCCCAACACCCCAAACCCCCUGUCCUCAAAUCCCCCAACACUACCAACACACCAAACCCCCAGCCCUCAAACCCCCCAACAACCCAACACUACCCAAACCCAAACCCCAGCCCUCAAACCCCCCAACACCCCAAACCACCAUCCCUCAAGCCCCCCAACACCACCAACACCCAAAACCCCCAGCCCUCAAACCCACCCAACACAACCAACACCCAAAACCACCACCCAUCAAACCGCCCAGCACCCCAAACCCAUAGCCUUCAAACCCACCUACCCCCCAAACAACCAGACCAACCCCUCCCCAGCCCACAUUACCAGCCCAUCAAUACCCCCAACCCACCUCGUUGCUAAAGAACUGGAACAGAGGACACAGCUUCUGACCGAGGAAUGGAGCGUGUGA